AACAACAACCCUUUCAACCUGCGAUAUGUUCUAGAAAAGGAAAAAUUAUCUGGAACCAACAUUCUUUAUUGGGAUAUGAAUCUUAAGAUUGUUCUCGAAUGCGAGAAAAUGCUCUACGUCCUUACCUUUGAGCCUCCCAAAGCUCCUGAAGCGAACGCCCGUGCUGUAGAAAUUACUUCGUACCGAAAAUAUGAAGAUGACGCACGUGAUGUGAGAUGUCUCAUGCUGGCCACCAUGACCCCGGAGCUCCAAAGGCUCCACAAGGACAUGGAAGCUCAUGCUAUGAUGACUCGCUUGAAAGACGCCCCGUUGCACCCUAUGCUGGAAAGUGAUCUCAUCUUGGGUUCAUUACCAGCCGAGUAUAGUCAAACUCUAGUGAAAUUCUACAUUAACAAACUAGAGAUGACUAUGCCUGAGCUACUGAAAUUCCUCACAACUGCUGAGGAGAGUCUAGGAAAGGGCAAGGGUAAGUCUGUCCUGAUGGUAGAGGGCAGUACUGUUACGAAGAAGAGUGGGCCAUGUUUGCCGGCCGGGACCAAGCGCAAGGGUUCUAAGAAACCCAAGCCAGCUUCCAACUCAUCGUCGUUAAAACCCAAAAAAUGAGCUAAGAAGGAGUCUGCUGUAUGAUAUUAUUGUGGCAAAAAAGGGCCACUUGAGGCGCAACUGCGCAAAAUUACUGGCAGAGAGGAAAGAGGGAAAGAAACCUCAAACCUCAAGUAUCUUCAUUAUUGAAGUCAAUAUAUCUGAUAUCAGCUCUUGGGUGAUGAAUACUGGAUGUGGUUCUCACAUAAAUACUUCUAUGCAGG